AUUGGAACCAGCAUAGCAUAUGGGAACAAGGAAUUCCCUCUGCCUUCCCACCUUGUACCAGAAACUCUUUCGUUUCCAUUAGGAAAUUGAUUGGAUGUAAAAAAAAAAUUCGCAUUUUCUCUGGCUUCAAGCUUGUUGGGCUAAUGGGUUUUGCUUUUCGAGCCAACGGAAUCCGGUACUUCCAUCAAGAUUGAAAGAAUCACCAGGAUUUCACUCAACAUGGAAGAAUCAAGUGGAGUGCACUCUGAAGAGAAUAAAUCAUCUAUGGAUAAAGAUAGGAAAAGAAGGCUCAAGACACCUGCCCAAGUUAUGGCUUUGGAAAAAUUCUAUGAUGAUCACAAAUACCCAACGGAAGAAAUGAAGUCCCAACUUUCAGAGCAGAUAGGAUUGACAGAAAAGCAAAUAUCUGGAUGGUUUUGUCACAGAAGGUUAAAAGACAAAAAACUGUUCAGAGAUGAAGCUUGUCCUAGUGGACGACAAGAUCAUUCAGGUGCUGUUAUUCAGGAUCGUGGCAGUGGACUUGUACAAGAUUCAUGUGGCAGCACAAAACAUGGUGAUUAUAGGCACAUUGAUCCAAGGGAAGUUGAAAGCCGAAGGCUCUAUCGCAAUGAUUUUCCAGCUGCAGACCUCACCUAUGAGCAUGCUACUCAUUAUACAGGAACUGUCAGUGGCACAGAUAAUACGUCUUCAGAAAGUAGCUCAUCUUCACAAGACAGGUUGUUUUGCCAAACUGAGGAUCCAGAUGAUAGGGAAAAUUCUAGAUACCUAACACAUAAUGGAGUCAUUGCACCCAUAAAUGCUACUAGUGAAAAAGUGAUUGGAUAUAAGCCAUCAGGAUACUUGAAAGUGAAGGGUGAAAUUGAAAAUGCUGCUGUUACUGCUGUUAAGAGACAAUUGGGGCGUCAUUAUCGAGAGGAUGGUCCGCUGCUUGGUGUGGAAUUUCAACCACUUCCUCCCGGUGCAUUUGAGUCUCCAAUUAGGAAUACCAUCCGUGAACCUUACUAUGUUGGGAAUCCUUCCCUUCCCCAUUCUCCAGAUAUCUCUGGACCGGAAAGGCAACCCAGUCUCAGCAAUAGAUAUGAGAUGUACAAUUCCAAUAUGGGUUCACAGGAUUUAUAUAUUGAAAGGGAAAAUUGUGGCAGCAUGCAUGGCUCUGACAAUCAGGACAAGAUAUCUCAUCCCCAAUUCAAACAGAAUUCAACUGUUCUCAACCAUACAAAACCUUUCUGUAAGCAGAACUCUUUCUCUGAUCUGUAUGAAGAUUCUGCAGGAGAAACCACUGUUUACAGCAAUAAGAGGAAUCAAAGAAUGAGCGGUAAGCAUGAUGUUGAAGGGAUGAGGACUGAUGCCAUUGCUAAUCGUCACACUCAUUAUGAUGGGAAAAUUGCAAGUGAGUUGCAUGAUUAUGAUAAUGUCAGCCCCAACAUCAUCCAUAUGAGUGAAAAAGUCAAAUUGAAGCCUUCGAUAUUGAUUCGUAAGCCCUGCGAAUCAGUGGAUACAGAUACAGAAGAGAGGGGGUUAUCUAUGAGGAUGAAAAAGAAGGAGAAAGUCAAUGGAAAACUCAAGGGUAUUAAAGAAUAUGGAAACCAAGUUAACUUAAAGAUGCAUCCAACAAAGGAAAUGAUGGUUGCAAAACGAGUCAGACCUGAUCUUCCGAAAACAGGCUAUGUGAAAAAAGCAUCAUUCACCGGAAUGCCGACAUGGAAACAUCGGAGCAAAGGAUCUGUCAUGGAGAUCCCGUCUAGCUUUAGCGAGGAUGAAACUGCAGAAACCAGCUCUUCCCUGGAAUAGGAGCCAGUAGUUGAUGGAUGGUAGAAAGCUUUAAUGUUCUCAAAGCGAUGGGCAUGUACAGUCCAAUGCAGAAUCACUUCUUUGUAGUUACAAGGGAAGCACCACUUACCAUUAUCAUCAUCAGCAACAAAAUCUCAGUUCACUGGCUAGCAAUUUCUUUUGCAGUUGCAGUGCUCACCUGUUUAUAUGUGUAGAAAGAAUUCCUUUUUUUAAUUUUCAUUUGAAUUUUACUGCUUCACAGAGGAAAAUGUUGGUAAUGAACGCUUGGCUGUAAGAUUCAUAUGCCUGGAUCUGCAAAGGAUCAAGGCAUGGAAAACAAAAACCAUGGCAGUGCUUUCUGCCCUAGACUUGUUUUGAUUUGUUAAUCACUGGAAUUAGCCUA